GAGGAGGCGCCGCCGCCGCCGCUGCCGCGCUUUCGGUGUCUAGCUGCAGCCUGAGUUCGGCCCCUUCCAUGGAUCUAUAGGGCGGCAGCAGCAGGACUGGGGGGUGGAAUGGGCUUGGCGUCCCGGCUCGGGGGCCCGUGGCGGGCAUGGCUGGGUUGCAGCCUCCUGGGCAUCACUCUGCUAGCGCAACUGGCACUGGGAGCAGCUGUACAGUGCUUGGAUGGUAACAAGCCCUGUGAGAAUGGUGGGAGCUGCAUUGUUUACUCCAACGGGAUUGCUGCCUGCAUAUGCCAGCCUGGACUGAUAGGAGAGCACUGCCAGUUUCAAGACCCUUGCCACCAGUCACCCUGUGCCAAUGGGGGCUCAUGUGAGAGCACCCUGCGUGAUGGCACUGUGCACUACCAGUGCACCUGUGCCAAGGGCUUCCGAGGUCAAGACUGCUCUCUGAUUGAUGCCUGUGCCAGCAAGCCAUGUGUCAAUGGUGGUCGCUGCACGAACUGGAAUGGCCGCUACAAUUGUACAUGCCCAUCAGGCUACCAAGGCCGCAACUGCCGGACUGAUGUGGAUGAAUGUCGGGUGCUCGGUCUGUGCCAGCAUGGAGGAACCUGUAUAAAUACACCUGGCUCCUUCCGCUGUCAAUGCCAAGCCGGCUACACAGGACAACUCUGUGAGAGCAUCGCCACACCUUGUGCUCCCUCUCAGUGUCUCAAUGGGGGCACUUGCCGCCAGACAGGGGAACUCAGCUAUGAGUGUGCUUGUUUACCUGGCUUCGAGGGACACAACUGUGAAAUUAACAUAGAUGACUGUCCAGACCACAUGUGCAUGAAUGGAGGCACUUGUGUGGAUGGCGUCAACACCUACAACUGCCAGUGUCCUCCAGAGUGGACAGGCCAGUUCUGCACCGAGGAUGUGGAUGAAUGCCAGCUGCAGCCCAAUGCUUGCCAUAAUGGGGGCACUUGCUUCAAUACCAAUGGGGGCCACACAUGCGUCUGUGUCAAUGGAUGGACUGGAGAGAGCUGCAGUGAGAACAUUGAUGACUGCCAGACUGCUGUCUGCUUUCAUGGCGCUACCUGCCAUGAUCGUGUGGCUUCCUUCUACUGUGCAUGUCCUAUGGGCAAGACAGGCCUCCUCUGUCACUUGGAUGAUGCCUGUGUCAGCAAUCCUUGCCAUGAGGAUGCCAUUUGUGACACCAACCCAAUGAAUGGCCGCGCCAUCUGCACCUGCCCACCUGGCUUCACUGGAGGAGCUUGCGACCAGGAUGUGGAUGAGUGCUCCAUUGGAGCCAAUCCAUGUGAGCAUUUUGGCAAAUGUGUGAACACCCAAGGCUCCUUCCAGUGCCAGUGUGGCCGUGGCUAUACAGGCCCACGCUGUGAGACGGACAUCAAUGAGUGCCUCUCCAUGCCUUGCCAGAACGAUGCUACCUGCCUUGACCGCAUUGGCGAGUUUACCUGCAUCUGCAUGUCAGGUUUCAGUGGCACUUACUGUGAGAUCAACAUCAAUGAGUGUGAGAGUAAUCCCUGUGUCAAUGGUGGUGACUGCAAAGAUAUUGUCAAUGGAUUCAGCUGCACCUGUCCCUCAGGCUUCUCAGGCUCCAUGUGCCAGAUUGACAUUGACGAAUGUGCCAGCACACCGUGCCAGAAUGGUGCCAAGUGCGUGGACCGGCCCAAUGCCUAUGAGUGCCGUUGUACAGAAGGUUUUGAGGGUACUCUGUGCGAAAGGAACAUCAAUGACUGCUCGCCGGAUCCUUGCCACCAUGGCACUUGUGUGGAUGGCAUUGCCAGCUUCACCUGCACAUGUGUAGCUGGUUAUACCGGGUACCGCUGUGAGAACCAAAUCAAUGAGUGCCACAGCAAUCCCUGUCAGCAUGGUGGCAAGUGCAUUGAUCUGGUCAAUAAAUACUUGUGCCACUGCUUGCCAGGGACCUCAGGUUCCAACUGUGAGAUCAACUUCGAUGACUGUGCCAGCAAUCCCUGUGAUUAUGGCAACUGCCGUGACGGCAUCAAUCGUUACGACUGCAUCUGCAAACCUGGCUUCACAGGUCCCCUGUGCAACGUAGAGAUUAAUGAAUGCGCAUCCAACCCUUGCAAGAACGGCGGCACCUGUGUGGAUGGCGAAGAUGGCUUCUCUUGCCUUUGCCCAGAAGGUUUCCACGAUCCACAUUGCUAUUCAGAGGUGGACGAGUGCAGCAGCAGCCCCUGCGUGCAUGGCACAUGCCACGAUGACAUCAACGGGUACCAAUGUGAGUGUGAGCCAGGCUGGGCUGGCACCAACUGUGAUGUGAACCGCAAUGAGUGUGAAUCCAAUCCAUGCCAGCAUGGCGGCACCUGCACCGACUAUGUCAACGGCUAUCGCUGCAAGUGCAAAGAAGGCUUCCAGGGAACAUACUGCCAGAACAACAUAAAUGACUGUGCCUCCAGCCCCUGCCUCAACAAGGGCACCUGCAUUGAUGGCAUUGCCAGCUACGCCUGCCUCUGUGACUUGCCCUACACUGGCCGGAACUGUGAGAAUGUGCUGGCCCCUUGCUUCCCCAACCCAUGUGAGAACAAUGGCGUCUGUGACCACACACCUGACUAUGAGGGCUUCACCUGUGGUUGUGCACCGGGCUGGCAAGGGCAGCAAUGCCACAUUGACAUUAAUGAAUGUGACAGGAACCCAUGUCGCAACAGGGGCGCCUGCACCAAUCUGCUUGGCAGUUAUAGAUGUACCUGCCGUCCUGGCUACACGGGCACCAACUGCGAGAUGGAUAUUGAUGACUGCACACCCAAUCCUUGCCUGAACGGCGGCUCUUGCCAGGAUGCCAUCAGCUCCUUCACGUGUACCUGCCUGCCGGGCUUUAUGGGCGUGCGAUGUACAACUGAGACCAAUGAGUGCCUGAGCAACCCCUGCCGCAAUGGGGCUACCUGCACAGACUACGUCAACAGCUACACUUGCACUUGCGCACCAGGCUGGGCUGGCCUACACUGCGAGCACAAUGUGCAGGACUGCACUGACAGCUCCUGCUUCAAUGGAGGAACUUGCUUGGAUGGUGUGAAUUCGUACACGUGCCGCUGCCAUGCUGGUUUCACGGGCUCCCACUGCCAGCAUAAAAUUGAUGAGUGCCAGUCACAGCCCUGCCUCAAUGGUGGUGUGUGCCAGGAUGGUGUGCAGUCCUACCGCUGUGCCUGUCCCCAGGGCUACACAGGUCCUCAGUGCCAGACCUUACUGGAUCUAUGCAGUCGCUCCCCCUGCCAGAAUGGUGGCAGUUGUGUGCAAAUGGGCACCAGCUUAUCCUGUGAUUGUCCAGGAGGCUGGACUGGUCGUUACUGUGACAUCCCCAACGUUUCUUGUGAAGUGGUGGCCAGGAACCGAGGUGUGACCAAGGAGCAAGUGUGUCAUUACGGUGGACGUUGUGUGGAUGCUGGCAAUACUCACUACUGUAUUUGCAAGAAAAGCUACACUGGCAGCUACUGUGAGAGCGAAGUCAACCACUGCCAACACAGCCUGUGCCAGAAUGGGGGCACCUGUCGCAGUUUUGUGGGAGGCUACAUCUGUGAGUGUCCACUAGGCUUUCAUGGGGAGAACUGUGAGUAUGAUAUUGAAGAGUGUCAGUCAAACCCCUGCCAGAAUGGAGGGACUUGCAUCGACCUCAUUGGUCGCUACAUUUGUUCCUGUCCACCAGGAACUCUAGGUGUCUUGUGUGAAAUAAACGAGGAUGAUUGUGCCAUGAAUCCUAACAGCCGUGUCCCCAAAUGCCUCAACAAUGGGACAUGUGUGGACAGAGUAGGUAGCUACCGAUGCAACUGCCCACCAGGCUUCACAGGUGAACGAUGCGAGGGGGACAUAAAUGAGUGCCAGUCCAACCAUUGCCACCUGCGCAACACCCUUGACUGUGUUCAGGAAGCCAGCGACUACCAGUGCAUUUGCAAGCCAGGCUACACGGGCCGUCACUGCAAGAAUAUUGUGAAUGCGUGUGAGUCUCAGCCUUGCCAGAACGGCGGGCAGUGCAAGCUGGCGGUAAACCUGCCUCUAGGGUAUACCUGCCAUUGCCCCCGGAGCUAUUCGGGCCUCAACUGUGAGCGCAGCGUGCUCUCCUGCCGGGAGCUCUUCUGCUUUAACAGUGGCACCUGCCGGACCUCAGUGUUGGGGGCCCGCUGUUACUGCUUGCACGGGUGGGCUGGGCCUGACUGCCGCCUGCGUGCCAACAGCAGCUGCGCAAGCAUGCCCUGCCACAACGGGGGUGCCUGCCAUGAGGUUGCCACCCCGCCUUACUUCCAGUGCCUUUGCAUGGGUGACUUCUCCGGCCUUCUCUGCCAGAACCCGCGCCCUCAGCCCCCGGAGCCGCGUUGCCCGCUGGAGGAGUGUGCUGCAAAGGCGAAGGAUAACUACUGCGACAAGAUGUGCAACAGCCCAGCCUGUCACUGGGACGGGGGCGACUGCUCCCUGUUGGUGGAUGACCCCUGGAAGCAGUGCAAGAGACCCGAGUGCUGGCAGUACUUCAACAACAGCCAGUGUGACGAGCUGUGCAACACCGUUGAGUGCCUCUACGAUAACUUUGACUGCAAGAGCCGCGAGCGCACCUGCAACCCCGUUUAUGAAAAAUACUGCUCGGAUCACUUUGCCGACGGGCGCUGUGACCAGGGCUGUAACAAUGAAGAAUGUGGCUGGGAUGGGCUGGAUUGUGCCCGGGAAGUGCCCGAACACUUAGCGAGUGGUGUUUUGGUCAUCACUGUGCUGCUACACCCUGAUGAGCUGCUCCGCACAAGCACCAUCUUCCUGCAGAAGCUGAGCGCCAUUUUGCGAACCUCCCUGCGCUUCCGCCUCGAUGAAAAUGGCAACUAUUUGAUCAAGCCAUAUUAUGGGUCUGGCGGUCGAAAACGCAGGGAACUUGGCCGGGAGAUUAUUGGGUCUCAGGUGACUCUUGAGAUUGAUAACCGUCUCUGUUACCAAGCCUCCGACAAGUGCUUCCCCGAUGCAGAAAGUGCUGCUGACUACCUUGCUGCCUUGUCAGCUGUAGAGCGCCUAGAGUUCCCAUACCCCCUCAAGGCUGUGAAAGGUGAAAGGAUCGUUGAAGAGCCAGACUCGCUCAAGCUGGUGCCAUUGCUAGUGGUAGCAGCCCUGAUUCUCCUGGUGAUCCUGGUGCUGGGUGUGUUGGUGGCACGGCGCAAAAGAGAGCACAGCACCCUCUGGUUUCCUGAAGGCUUCAGCCUGAAGAAAGAGAGCAGCAACAAGAAUCGGCGUGAGCCUGUGGGUCAGGAUGCACUGGGCAUGAAAAAUAUUGGCAAAGGGGAGAGCUUAAUACCGGACAGCUCAGAAGACUGGCUGGAAGCAGAGUGCCCGGAGGCCAAGCGCCUAAAGGCUUGUGUCGUUCUUCCCUGCCAGGUGGAGGAGCCAGCCGUAGACUGCGAAGACCCCGUGGACUGCCGCCAGUGGACACAACACCACUUAGUGGCAGCAGACAUCCCCAUGCCGCCAUCUAUGGCCCUGACGCCACCCCAGGGCGAAUUUGAUAGUGACUGCAUGGAUGUCAAUGUCCGUGGGCCAGAUGGUUUCACGCCCCUGAUGUUGGCCUCCUUUUGUGGCGGUGGCAUGGAGACUGACAUAGCUGAGGAAGAGGAAGCAGACGACUCCUCUGCCAACAUCAUCUCAGACCUAAUCUGCCAGGGGGCGAACUUGAGUGCCCAGACAGACCGCACCGGGGAGACGGCGCUGCACUUGGCUGCCAGAUAUGCACGUGCAGAUGCUGCCAAGCGUUUGUUGGAUGCUGGGGCUGACACCAACGCGCAGGACAACACCGGGCGUACACCCCUCCAUGCUGCUGUGACUGCUGAUGCCCAGGGGGUCUUCCAGAUCCUGAUCCGAAAUCGGUCUACAGACUUAGAUGCCAGAAUGGGGGAUGGUUCGACUGCACUCAUUCUGGCAGCCAGGCUGGCCGUGGAGGGCAUGGUGGAGGAACUGAUUGCCUGCCAUGCUGAUGUCAAUGCUGUGGACGAGCUGGGUAAAUCAGCCCUGCACUGGGCAGCAGCGGUAAACAACGUAGAGGCCACAAUUGCACUGCUGAAGAACGGGGCUAACAAGGACAUGCAGGAUAGCAAAGAGGAGACACCGCUGUUCCUGGCAGCCCGGGAAGGCAGUUACGAGGCAGCCAAAAUCCUGUUGGAUCACUUUGCUAACCGGGAGAUCACAGACCACAUGGAUCGGCUUCCACGCGAUGUGGCCCAGGAGCGCCUGCACCAUGACAUUGUCCGGCUUUUGGAUGACUACAACACCGUGCGCAGCCCACAAGGGGCACUACCUGCUGGCCACUCCCUCUCCCCUCUUAUGUGCCCUCCCAAUAGCUUCUUACCCAGCCUCAAACCCACUCCACAGAGCAAGAAGAACCGGCGGCCUAGCACCAAGAACGUGACAGCAGGCAGCAGUGCCAGCCUGGCACGGGAGAGCAAAGAGGCCAAGGCGCGUGCCAAGAAGCUCAACAUAGAGUGCCAAGGCUCUCUCCUGGAGAGCUCUGUCACCCUGUCUCCUGUUGACUCGCUGGACUCCCCAUAUGUGCCCAAUCCCGCCUCGCCUGGGGUCUUCCACACAGCCAGUGCCUCAUUGUCAGUACCCUCCACUCCCAUGGUUCAUGGCAUGAUGGAGGCACCCUUUGCCGUCAGUUUGGCACGCCUCAGCGACCUAGGGGAUGGCACCCUUCUCUCUAUGAACCGCCUCUCAGUGCCCCCUGGCCGCAUGGGGCUCAGUCUGGGCAUGGUGAGCCCUGUGGCCAUGCCUUUUGAUUGGCAUGCCCGUAUUCCCACUUCCCAGUGCCAGCCAAUCAUAGGAGUGGUGCACCCUGCUGCCUCCCAUCCCAACCUCCACCAGCCAGGCCAAGCAUUCCCCCCAGGGUUGCUUCUGUCUAACCACAUGGCCAUGGGGCACAGCUCUCAGGGGUUGCCCAACCAAGCUCCUUCACACACCAAGGAGGCAGCCCAGCCCAUGCCCCCGCCAGCUACCACCAUGCGCACCAACCAGCCUGUCUCACCCCAAGAGGGCCAGGGGGCACCACGGGUAGGGCCCCCACAGUACUUAAAGGCACCAGGGGUGGAGGAUUACCCAACGCCGCCCUCUCAACACAGUUACACACAGGGGCAGGAUGCGACACCCAAGCACUUCCUCCACCCACCAAGUGAGCACCCCUACCUGACUCCCUCGCCAGAGUCCCCGGAGCAGUGGAGUAGCCCCUCCCCACACUCUUUGUCUGAUUGGUCUGAAUCUACACCCAGUCCUACUGUAUUGGGGCCAAGCCACACCCAGCUUUCUUCGGCGGAGUCGUCUGCUAAGAUGCAGGUGUUUGCAUGAGGAGCUGGAGGGUGGGACAGAUCCCAGAGGCCUGCGUCCCUCUGUGGCCCCCAUUGGGGCCUGUGCCUGCCUCAGGGGUCCUGUUAUUUCCCCUAUUUGUGUUUUUAUAAGAAAAAACUCAAGUGUAAAAAGAUUUUUUUAAAAAAAAUGCCUGAUCUGGGAGGGAAAGGCAAGGCCUUCCCAUUCCCUUACUGCCAAGGAGCCCAGGCUGGCCCUCUACCCCACGUGUUGCCACGGCAACAUGUUUGUGGGGAGGUUUUUUGUUUUUUUGUUUUUUAAUAAAUAAAUAAAUAAAUAACCCUUUUUGUAUAAACCCUGCAUUUUACUCCAAACGCUAUAUUUUUUACAAUGUAUUCCACGUCAGGCCCUGAUGUGUCACUCUUCUUCCUGUGGGUCUUGAGAGGAAGCCGCGCCCCUUGCUCCCCCUCUGCGUGGCAAUGUCUCUUGGAUUGAGCACCCCUUUCCCUUCCCACCAUGUUGGGGCGGGAUUCAGCUCACUGUAUUUGCGUACUGGGUACGCAGUGUUAGCCCAUAUUCGCAUUGCCACGCAGAGGGUUUGAGCCCCAAUCCUGCCUCUGUCAUGCAGGGAACGUAAGUCCCACAGCCCCACCCUAAACUUGUCACUUCAUCACAUUCCAGGUUAAUUUAUUCAUCUUGAAUUCUGCAGCAUUCCCCACCCCCCACCCCCAUUGAAUUCCUGAAUUGUUUCAGCUAAUGCUAGCCAUGGUCAUGGGGAAUUCCCUGUCUCCAGAGUAUUCUGAGCCACUGUGUUUUUAUGCCUGGCCCUUACUGACAUUCCCCCCCCCCUUCGGUCUGAGGUUGACCUCGGACUAUGUCAACAGUUACAUUUCCCUGUAUGGCGAGUUCUUUGCCCCUGAGGUACUGUAGGAUCCUGGGGCGUCCGCAGACACCAAGGUUUCACUUUGGCAUAAAAGGUACUGAGAUACUACAAAAUACAUGCCCAGCAGACUUUCCUCCUCGCACCCUCCUCGCCUCCUCGCACCCUGUACAUUCCAGCUAUUCCUAGCUGUAAAUACUGCUGGUUGGAGCAGACGGAUAGGCAGGACCUCGGUCCGGCGGUGACUGCUGCUCCCUCCUCCCUCCUUUCCCACGCUGUGUAGCAUAGUGGGGGAAUGGCCCUGCCAGCCACCCUCUCUGCCAUAGAAGGACCAUUUCUAGCUCAUUUUAAAACUUUUUUUAAAAAAAGAAAAUCCAGUGUAAACCAAGUAGCUUUAAAGCAGCUGGGUGCUUUCUGUACAGAGCGGCUUGAGCCGCGGCAUAAUAAACAUAGCUAAUAAGGAAA